AUAGUAGCUAAUAUCUUCAAAGACUAAUUCAUGAAUUCUGGAUCCAUACUUUAAUUCUCAUGCCUAUCUGCAACUCUACAAUCACUAUAAAUAAGAGUUCCUGUAACCAUAACUUCCCAUCAAAAACUUACUUCAUCAGUACUAGUUUAUCAGUUUCUCUCAAACAAUACUCCGAAGAAUCAAAAUGGCUAAUCGCAUUUUGGUUAUUUCAACUUUCAUAGCCAUUUCCUUUUCCAUGGUCGCUUCCUUUCAGCCCAGUCCAUUGCAAGAUUUCUGCGUUGCCGAUCCUACUAGCUCAGCAAGAGUUAAUGGCCUAGCUUGCUUGGACUCAAAGAUGGUACAAGCCAACCACUUCUCCUUCAGCGGCCUCCAUAUUCCAGGAAACACAUCAAAUGCCCUUGGCUCAGCAGUUACACCGGUCUUCGUAGGACAAAUACCUGGACUCAACACCCUUGGGAUCUCGAUGGCCCGCAUUGACUAUGCACCGUGGGGCCUGAUCCCUCCUCACUCACACCCUCGUGCUACUGAGAUUCUCACCGUCUUAGAAGGCAGACUCCUUGUUGGCUUCGUGACUUCUAACCCUGAUAACAGGCUCAUCACCAAGGUCCUGGAAAAGGGUGAUGUGUUUGUGUUUCCAAUUGGACUUGUUCACUUCCAGAGAAAUGUUGGCCUCGGAAGUGCUUUCUCGAUCUCUUCCUUGAGCAGCCAAAACCCCGGUGUUCUUCUCGUUGCUAAUACCCUAUUUGGAUCCACUCCAAGCAUUCCAAAUGAUAUUCUAGCCAAGGCUUUCCAGGUGGACAAGUCUGUAGUUGAGAAACUUCAAGCUCAAUUCUAGACUGUCAUGGAUCCUGAACUGAAGAAGAUUUCCUCCUUUCUUACCAUUAUGUUCGUCUAGUCCUCAUUUAUUCUAUUUUUUAUUAUUUAUGCAAUUUAUUUGCAAAAUGUUUGCAAGAUUUCCACAAAGUUCGCCAGAAUUUAUAGUUUGCUUAUA